AUGACAGAAGAUAGAGUUUUAGAAGGUUUAGAUCCUGAUGGUUCAAAAGAAGAAGACGAAUCAUCUUACUUUAAAUCAAAUCGAUAUGAUCGUUCUUAUCACUAUGUACCUGGACAUGGAUUUUCUAGAUAUAACACUGCCCUCAAGAAUCUUAUGCCCGUCAGGAAAAAAAAUAAAAAUAAUACUCACCUUGGUGUCGAUGAAGCUGGACUUUGGCAGUUCAUCACUUACAACUGGCUGACUAAAUAUAUGAGGCAAUCGUACAAGAGAGGUCUCACCGUCGAUGAUAUACCGAACCCUUGUCCGCAAGAUUCUUGUGCGUAUAAUACUCAAAGGCUGGAAGCGCUCUGGCAGGAUGAGCUGACGAGGAAGGGGCCUCAAAGCGCCUCAUUGAACUGCGUCACCUGGAGGUUCAUGAGAACGAGAGCUAUAGUUUCUUCUAUUUUGAUUAUGUUGUGUGUUAUCUUAGGAUUUAUUAGUGUUGCAUUUUUCAUGAGAUAUUUAUUGGAAUACACAGAAUCGGAGGAAAACUCAUUUUGGAUUGGUUUUAAAUGGGCAGUACUUUUUACUUUGACAGAAUUAAUCAGGAACACCUUAUAUGCCAUAGCUUGGACAACAAAUUAUCGAACUGCUAUACGUUUAAGAGCCGGUUGCUUGGGAAUGCUGUUUCGUAAAAUUAUGAGGGUUCAUCAUUUCGGUGAUAAAUCAGUAGGAGAGCUUAUUAAUAUGUUUUCCAACGAUGGUGUGAGGAUUUAUGAUCUUGUCUUGUUUGGACCUAUGAUAGUCGCUGGCCCGAUAAGUAUGAUACUUGGCAUUGGGUACGUUUACUGGCUCCUCGGCCCAUGGCCAGUUUUAGGCCUCUGUUCAAUGUUUAUAUUUUAUCCAACGCAGUAUUUUCUCUCUCGACUAAGUGGUUUCUUCAAAAGAAAAGUUUUCAGUUUGACUGAUAAAAGAUUGACUGUACUAUCAGAGAUAUUGAACUCAAUAAAGUUUAUCAAAUUAUAUUCAUGGGCGAAGAUAUAUAUAAAAAAAAUUUCAGAAAUUCGUAAAAAAGAACUUUCAUUACUCCACAAAGUUUCUUAUUGCAAUAGUUUUUCUUCUUCGCUGUCAACAAAUGCUCCGGUGGUUGCUGCGAUUCUAACUUUUUUUAUUCACAUUUCAGUUACUGGAACGUUAACUGCUUCUCAGGCAUUUUCAAUAAUGGGGCUUUACUUCAAAACAUUAAUAAAUGCACUCCAUUUUAUUCGUGAAGGAUUCCGAAGCAUAAUCGACUUCAACCUAUCACUUCAACGUUUUAAGGCGUUUACUGUAUUUACACUGUACUUCAAACUAUUACGUGGAGUACUUCUUUUUACUCGAGAUGGAUUCCGAAGUAUUGUAGACUUCAAAAUAUCUGUUCAACGUUUUAAGAGCGUAAUGCUGCUUAACGAACACACCACUCUCCUCUCAAGGCCGGUAGACAAAUCACAAUCUGUUUGUAUAGCAGACGGUACAUUCGCUUAUUAUCUUAACAGGAACACCAACUCUGCUGCCAACAUGAAGAAAAGAAAAAGUAUUGCUAUUCAGAAAGCUACAGAAACUGAAAGAGGGAAUGAAAAUGAAUUGGACUUACUUAAUCGUGCCGAAUUUGAACAGUCUUUGAAUUCUAACUACAAAGAAAUCCUUUUUGACAUCAAUUUUUUUGCUCCAAAGGGAAGCUUGAUCGGCGUGUGCGGUCCAGUUGGAAGUGGUAAGUCAUCCCUCCUCGCGGGUAUACUCGGCCAUCUUUACAUGACAAGAGGCAAACUGUGCCGCGAAGGGGUGUGCGCCUACGUUUCUCAACAGCCGUGGCUCGUCAAUGCUACACUACGCGAGAACAUUUUGUUCGGAGAAAAGUUUAUCGCUAGGAAAUACUAUGAUGUUGUUCAGUGUUGUGAUCUUGGCGUAGACAUAGAUUCUUUACCUGCGGGUGACAAUACAGAAGUCGGAGAGCGAGGAGUCAAUUUGUCUGGUGGCCAGAAGCAGAGAAUUUCGUUAGCUAGAGCUCUGUAUUCUGACAGGGAUAUAUAUCUGCUGGAUGAUCCAUUGAGUGCAGUAGAUAGUGAAGUUGCCAAUACUAUAUUCGAGAAAGCAAUAUUGAAAGCUUUACACUCUAAAACUGUAAUAUUUAUUUCUCACCAUGUAAAGUUUUUAAAUGAAUGCGAUGAAUUAGUCAUCAUGAAAGAAGGAAGGAUUGUCGAAAGAGGAACGCCUGGUGAUUUAUCCAAUCGAGAGAGUGAAUAUAAAUUGAUAAUGGAAUCUUUCUCGAGGGUAGAUUUAGAAAAACAAGAUGAGGAUGAAGUUGACGAGACUAAAGCAACAUUAAAAUACAGAAAGCCAUCUACUGACAAUGGCAAGAAAUACUUAAAACCUUCUGCUAAGCAAGACGGUGUAUUAAUAAAAGAAGAGAUGAAAGAAAAAGGUGAAAUAGAAUUUAAUACUUUAUUCAGCUACAUAAAUGCUUGCGGAGGAUGGUGUCUAUUUUUUUCUUUAAUAAUCGUAAUGCUGAUGAAUAUUGGUUCUUCGGCUUUCAGUUCUUGGUGGUUGCACGAGUGGAUAAAAGCAGGCAGUGGAAACAUUACUUACAUUGAUGCAAAUAAUAAGACAUUUGUCAGUGAUCGUAUUGUUGAUCAUCCUGAUUAUGGUAUUUACAGGAAUGUAUACGGUUUCACCAUAUUAGCAAUUUUAUUGACCAACUUAAUACGUGGAUAUGUUUUUACUAAGGUUACAUUGAAGGCCUCUGCAAAAUUUCAUAACACUCUUUUGGACAAGCUUAUGAAGACAUAUCUCUCAUUUUUUGAAAGCACACCUGCUGGAAGGAUUCAAAAUCUCUUUGCUAAAGAUAUUGAUGAAGUUGAAACAAAACUUCCUUUGACGUUGGAAAGUUUGAUGCAGGGACUAAUGAACACAGCUUUUUCAGUGCUAUUUAUCUGUUUGGCAUUUCCAUUUUUUGCCAUUGGUCUAGUGCUUUUGUUUUUGGUUUAUUAUUUCAGAAUUCAUCGAUCCUUCAGAGCUGGGCUUCGUGAAUUGAAGAGACUGGACAACUUGACGCGCUCUCCCGUUUUCAGUAACGUGUUGACUACCGUUCAAGGCUUGGACACCAUACAUGCCUUUGGGAAGGAGCAGGGGUUCAUUCAGAGGUUUACUUCAUCUUUUGACUUCAACUCUGUUUGUUUUUACAUGUCAAGUGUGGCCAAUAGAUGGAUAGCACUCAGAGUCGAUACCGUAACAGUGCUCAUCAUAUUCGGUACUUCAAUUUUUUCGAUUGUGAUGAAAGGCAGUGUACCAGCUUCCUUGGCAGGGCUGGCGAUAGCAUACGCGACAACUUUAAGCGGCAUGUUACAGUUUACUCUUCGCCUCAUUACGGAUAAUGAAGUCAAGUUUAUUUCUGUCGAGAGGAUAAACACUUAUAUUGGUAUUCUCAAAGAAGAAGGAGGGCAUGGACCGAAGGGUGUACCGAAAGAAACCUGGCCUGAGCUCGGAACCAUAAGAUUUCGUAAUGUGGAACUCAGGUAUAAAGAUGAAGCUGAGCCAGUGCUCAAAGGAAUCAGUUUUCACAUCAGAUCUGAAGAGAAGAUUGGGAUUGUUGGAAGGACUGGUGCAGGAAAGAGUUCUAUCGUGACGGCUUUGUUCAGGCUCGUUGAAAUAUCUAGUGGAAGUAUCAUUAUUGACGAUUUAGAUAUAGCAAAUUUGAAUUUGAACGAACUUCGAAGGAGAUUAUCUAUAAUUCCACAAGAUCCUGUCCUGUUUUCUGGAACUAUUAGGUCAAAUUUAGAUCCAUUAGACAACUUUAAUGAUGAUGAGCUUUGGUUAGCUCUUGAAAAGACUAGCCUAAAAGAAAGAGUUAUGAUGACGGAAGAAAAACUGCACACUAAAGUGGAAUUCAAUGGAAACAAUUUGUCUACUGGAGAAAAACAGUUACUUUGCCUUGCUCGAGCUUUGUUGAAAAAUUCAAAGAUUUUAGUGCUGGAUGAGGCCACGUCAGGUCUGGAUUUUGAGACUGAGAAAAUCAUUCAAAAAACUUUGUUUGAAAAAAUGAAACAUUGCACAGUUAUUAUAAUAGCUCAUAGGCUGGAGACAAUAAAAUCUUGCCAUCGUAUUCUUGUUAUGAACAAAGGAGAGAUUGCUGAAUUUGACGAACCGGCCACUCUUCUCAACGACAAUAACUCUAUGUUCUAUCGCAUGAUGGCUGCUUCUAAUCAAAACGAAAUCUGA